UCAAGCAAUUGUAUUCGUACAGUAGCACCAUGAAAUUCUUUAUUAUUUUCGCUUUGGCUUUGGCCGCCGUCUCCGCUGAGGAUAUCUUCCAACGCGAUUUGGUUGUACCGGUCAUUGAUGGCGAAGGUCGCAUUACCAAUGGCAACACCGCCUCCGUUGGUCAAUUCCCCUAUCAAGUUGGUCUUUCCUUGAAGGUUAAUGCCUUAGCCUCGGCCUGGUGUGGUGGUUCCUUGAUCGGUAACAACUGGGUUUUGACCGCUGCCCAUUGUACUGAUGGUAUACAAUCCGUCACCGUCUACUUGGGUGCCACCGUUCGUACCUCAGCUGAAGUCACCUUUACCGUUCCCAAGAGCGACAUCAUCAUCCACUCUGGCUGGAAUAGCGCCACUGUUAAGAACGACAUCUCCUUGAUCAAGAUCCCCUCUGUUACCUACACCAGCCGCAUUCAACCCGUUAGAUUACCCGCCAUCUCCAACUCCUAUUCCACGUAUGUUGGUGAUUAUGCCAUCGCUUCUGGUUGGGGUAAGAUUUCCGAUUCGGCCAGCGGUGUCACCAACAACUUGCAAUGGGCCCGUAUGCAAGUCAUCACCAACUCUGUCUGUGCUCAAACAUAUGGUACCUCCAUUGUUACCUCAACCGUCCUUUGUGUUGCCACUCCCGGUGGGGUCUCCACCUGCAAUGGUGAUUCUGGCGGCCCAUUGGUUUUGGAAUCCUCCAAGGUUCAAAUUGGUUUGACUUCAUUCGGUGCUGCUGCCGGUUGCGCCAAGGGUUACCCAGCUGCUUUCACCCGUUUGACAAGCUACUUGGAUUGGAUCAAGUCCAAUACUGGUAUCUCAUAUUAAA